UAUACUUUUAGAGGUAUAGGUACAAUGAUCUUCCCGAUGACUCACAACAGCCUGAGAUAUCAGAAACGCAUCUUCAAGCUCUAGGCCAGCUUUAUGUUCGCCAUAGUGUUCAACACAUCUUCGGUCUUCAUCCUAUCCAUGGCCAUUCUCAAGCCCCAACCGAAACAGUUAUGUUUGGUGUCGAAUUCACGGCUUUUGACAAGCUUAAAGGCUGCUGGACCAAGCCACAACCUAUCCCGGCACUUGUAAACAACCCUAUUCACGGUCACAUUUUUCGACCUCGAGCUGAUGGAGAUUUCCGCCCUUAUGAAUUCCGCGGUGGGCAAGCAGACUCCAGGGCGAUCAGUAUCUAGUUAAGUUUCUUUAAGGACUUUGUUGAUUAUUUGAAGGACAGCAGGCUGGUUGAUCUUUUAGGCUUAGAGCUAUUGGACGGUCCGGAAGAUCAGAAAAGUCUGGAUUUUGUCCUCGUUGUCCAAAGCACUGUGAUGCUUGACAAGCAAGAUGUUAUUUCUGAUUUUCCUUAUCGGACUGCAAGUUGGAAAUUUCAAGUAGGAGUUGAUGGGAUUGUCCCUUGCAAGGGCGGAACAGUUCAUGCGGCGAGAAAAGAUGGCAAACACCAAGUUUCCAUCGACUCCUAGCCACUUCUAACAAUUGACACUAUUAUUGUGGCUCUUCGUGAACAGGGUAUUAUUGCUUGAAUUGUGCUGAAGAAAACGCCUGUGUAGUAUAAUCGCUCCUUAAAAAAUUGCAAAUAAAACUAGGCUAAAUUUUCACCUCUGUUCUACUAGGGUGAUUGUUCGAUUUGAGGCCCGUUUACGGGAUGAUUUAGGAGAGUCACCGUGAAGCGAAAACGAGAAAAGGCGAACAAGUAAGAUCUUACUUAUACUUCCAAAAUC